UCGCCUAGAGUGUCUGUGUCUCAUCUCCCCACCUCCUGUCGCUGUUGGAGAAAGAGCCCCGGGAGGAGAAGGGUGCGACGCGCCGCGCCCGCGUGUCAAUAGCAACCGCGCAUUCUGGAAGAACGCCGAGGUGCGCCGAGCAGGAGCGGGGAACAAAGGAGCGGAGUGGGGAGGGGAGCGAGUUGGACGAGGGAGAGCCCCCGGCCGGCUGCCAGAAGAUCCCGGCAGGAGGAAGCCCAAGUGACACUUGAGUUCUACCCGCGGAGCGAGCGCCUGGGAUCCGAGCGCCCUGUUCAGCAAUAACGGCUGGAGCACGUCUAAAAGUUGCGGGAGGGUCGGCCGCGAAGGAGGAAGAUCACUUGCCCCCUGUGUCCCCUCUCCUGGCCCCUCGAGACCCCAGCCUUCCCCGGCGCUGGGAGGGGAGCUCCAGAAUGAAAAGCAAGAAAGGUUUCCUGACGAGCCGUCUGGGGUGGGCAGGCCGCGAAGAACGUGGGCCUCAGGACUGGUUUCCUCCUGCGGGCCGAGGCUCCGGGGGUCCUCGGUGUGCUCCCUCCGACAGUUCGCGGGCCGGUUUCAGCGGUGGCCGGGGAACUCCCGGGAACAAAAACUCCCUGCUUGCCUCCCCCGGGCUCCUCCUCCUCCCCGCGUCCCACCGUCCUGCCUCCCACCCCCGCCCUCCGCCUAAAACUACCUGGCAGGCGGGGAGAGAAGGGCUCCUGGAGAAAUCGGUCCCGCCUGUGGUCUGUGCUGUAAGAGUAUGUGAAAACCUUUUCAAGUUUCCUGAAAGUAAAGGCACUUUUAACUCAAUCACAGAGCCCGGCGUUUGGUGGUGUUGCAGUGUCUGGCAGCGAGACUGAGGAUGAGGACAGCAUGGACAUUCCCCUGGACCUUUCCUCUUCAGCUGGCUCAGGCAAGAGGAGGAGAAGGGGCAACUUGCCCAAGGAGUCUGUUCAGAUUCUCCGGGAUUGGCUGUAUGAGCACCGAUACAAUGCCUAUCCCUCAGAGCAGGAAAAAGCAUUACUGUCCCAACAAACACACUUGUCUACACUACAGGUCUGUAACUGGUUCAUCAACGCCCGCCGCAGGCUCCUCCCUGACAUGCUGAGAAAGGAUGGCAAAGAUCCAAAUCAGUUCACAAUUUCCCGCCGUGGGGCCAAGAUUUCCGAAGCUAGCUCUGUGGAGUCAGUAAUGGGCAUCAAAAACUUCGUGCCAGCUCUCGAGGAUACCCCAUUUCAUUCCUGUACAGUUGGACCAAACCCAGCCCUAGGGAGGCCACUGUCUCCUAAGCCAUCAUCCCCAGGAUCAAUUUUGGCUCGUCCGUCAGUGAUCUGCCAUACCACUGUGACUGCCUUGAAAGAUGUGCCUUUCUCUCUCUGCCAGUCAGUUGGUGUGGGACAAAACACAGAUAUACAGCAGAUAGCGGCCAGCAACUUUACAGACACCUCUCUCAUGUACCCAGAGGACACAUGUAAAUCUGGACCAAGUACAAAUACACAGAGUGGUCUUUUCAACACUCCUCCCCCUACUCCACCGGACCUCAACCAGGAUUUUAGUGGAUUUCAGCUUCUAGUGGAUGUUGCACUCAAACGGGCUGCAGAGAUGGAGCUUCAGGCAAAACUUACAGCAUAACCCUUUUUCAAGCAAAACAGUUCUCAAAAAUGUCAUGAUUGCCGGGAUGAUGGCAAGAGAUGAAUUACAUUAUUUUAUAUAUUUUUUAUUAAAAUUUGCACAUGGGAUUGCUAAAAGGAAGCUUCCUGUUACUGAAAUGUCUUCAAUGGAAUACAGUCAUUCCAAGAACUAUAUAAACUCAAAGCUACUGUAGAAACAAAGGGUUUUUUUUUAAAUGUUUCUUGGUAGGUUAUUCAUAAUGUGAGAUGGUUCCCAAUGUCAUGUGAUUAUUAUUAUUAUUUUUUUUGUCUCCCCUUCCCCUUUUUUGUUGGUGUUUUUCAGACUGUGCAAUAUUUAGAGAACCUAUAGCAUCUUCUCAUUCCCAUGUGGAACAGGAUGUCCACAUACUGUCUAAUAAAUUUUCAAUUUUUUUUCAAACAAGUAUGAAUCUAGUUGAUUGA